AUGGCAGUUUCUCCAACAUGUAAUGGUACUUCUCCAUCGAAUCCACUAACAGAAGAACAACAAGUCGAUAAAUUGAUCAAAGAAUUGCAAGAGAAGGGAACAAAUUUCGUUCUUCUCGAAAAAACAGUUCAGAUAUUAGAACUUCAGACGAUCUUAAGAGAUCGGUUAGUUUUUUAGUUGAAAUGUUUGAAGUUUCAAGAUUAUUUUUUAGAACAACAUCGAACUCUGAUUUUGUAUUCAAUGCAGAUCGUUUGAUGAGAUUAGUAAUUGAAGAAGGACUCAAUCAUUUACCGUAUUCAGAACAUAAUAUAAUAACACCAACUGGAUUCAGAUAUGAUGGUAAGAAAAGAAACAAAGAAUAUACCUAACAAACUGUAUUUCAAAUUUAGGAAUUCAAUUCAAUCGGGGAAACUGUGGUGUUUCGCUUUGUCGAAGUGGAGAAGCAAUGGAAAUUGCUCUUCGACAAUGUUGUCGAAGUAUUCGAAUCGGCAAAAUUCUCAUAGGAGAAGAACAAAAAGUAUUGUAUGCAAGAUUGUUACCUGAUAUUGUAACAAGACGUGUUUUAUUAUUAUAUCCAACAAUUGGAAGCGGAACAACAGUUUGCAAAGCAAUCGAAGUUUUGAAAGAAGCUCGUGUUCCCGAUGAGAAUAUUUAUUUGGUUUCAUUGUUUUUGUCGCCAUCCGGUCAGUUUAUUUUGUUUUAAUUCUGAACAAGCUACAAAAAUUGAGCCUGAUUAUGCUGGAAAGAAUCACAGUGAUGCGGAAUUUCUAGAAAUACCAAAAAUGAACACUCCGAAUGGAACUCACGUUUUUAAAAGAAGCUUGAAUGCAAUAUUUUUAAAAUUAGAAAUGAUUGAAAUAAUUUUCGACAUUUUAUAGCGUUAACUAUUUUGAAGUAGUGUACAUUUACGUGUAUUAUUUCAAUCGUAGCAAAUUUGAUCGUGAUCCCCAUUUUCGCUCGAAUUCGCUAUUUUAAAAGGUCAUGUAAAUUGUUUACAGGUCUUCAAAAUAUCACUAGGAAAUUUCCUCACAUUACUGUUGUUUCAUCCGAUAUCACUUCACUUUAUCCUAAUCACUUCUCAACCAAAUAUUUCGGAGCCGAAUAA